CCUUCCGUCUUUGCACCAUUGUUCCCUUUGUGCCCAACCUUCACGUCAUGAAGGCCACGCAGUCUCUCAAAUCCCGAGGCUACGUAAAGGAACAGUUAGCCUGGCGACAUUUCUACUGGUACCUUACCAACGAGGGUAUCCAGUAUCUCCGUGAUUACCUCCACCUACCCCCCGAGAUUGUGCCUGCCACUCCGCGCCGCAGCCGACCUGAGACCGGCAGGCCACGGCCCAAAGGUCUAGAGGGAGAGCGGCCUGCAAGACUCACACAAGGGGAAGCUGACAGAGACACCUACAGACGAAGCGCUGUGCCCCCUGGCACCGACAAGAAAGCUGAGGCUGGGGUUGGGUCAGCAACCGAGUUCCAGUUUAGAGGUGGAUUUGGUCGUGGACAUGGUCAGCCACCUCAGUAAAAUUGGAGAUUGUUUUGUGUUGAAUAAAUCGAUAGCCAGAAAAACAUUAAA